UGGGUUAAAAAAACAUAUUGAUCCUCUGAUCGUUUUCAUUUGGUCUCAAAGUUCACCUGCUGAGAAGUAUGGUUGUCUUGGUAACAACAUGAACCCGAAAAGGACAGAGCAGGAGGCGUCAGCCAUGGCUCAGGAGGUCUGCAGCUUGAAGGCACAGCUGCAGGAAAAGAGAGAAGAGAUAGCUGCUCUGAAGGAGAAACUGGCACAGCUGGAAAAGAGCCAUAACUCAGUGGAGCUGCAUGACAAAGUGACACCACUAACCCCCCUGAAAGCCAAAGCAGCCCUCAGCAAUGAGGACAUCAUGCGGUACAGCAGACAGCUCUUACUGCCCGAGCUGGGUGUACAAGGUCAGCUAAACUUAUCCAAGACUUCAGUGCUGAUUGUGGGUUGUGGAGGACUAGGCUGCCCACUGGCACAGUAUCUUGCAGCAGCGGGCAUCGGACGUCUGGGCCUGCUGGACUAUGACGAGGUGGAGCUCAGUAACCUGCACAGACAAGUGCUUCAUGGGGAAGAGAACCAGGGCAUGGCCAAGGCUCUGUCUGCUGCCAAUGCAGUUAACAGGCUGAACUCAACAGUUGAGUGCGUUCCCUACCACCUGCAGCUCUCGCCGGAAAAUGCCUUGCAACUCAUUCAACAAUAUGACAUUGUGGCUGACUGUUCAGACAAUGUCCCCACUCGUUAUCUGGUGAAUGACGCCUGUGUGCUCAGUGGCAAGCCUCUGGUGUCAGCAAGUGCCCUGAGAGUGGAUGGGCAGUUGACAGUGUAUAACUAUCGUGGAGGCCCCUGCUACAGAUGUCUGUACCCAAAACCUCCACCCCCAGAGACAGUGACCAACUGUUCUGAUGGAGGGGUUUUAGGAGUGGUUCCAGGGAUAAUGGGCUGCUUUCAAGCUUUGGAAGUCCUCAAGAUUGCCUCAGGACAAGGCUCUUCCUGUGGCCAGCAGCUGGUGAUGUUUGACGCUCAAGAUGCCAGAUUCAGGUCCAUCAAAUUGCGGCCCAAGCAGGCCGACUGUGUAGUGUGCGGAGAAAACCCCAGUAUAACCCAACUGGUGGACUACGAGGCUUUCUGUGGGGCUGCUGCCACAGAUAAGUGCCGCAAACUCAACCUCCUUUCCAGAGAUCAGAGGAUCACAGUCCAGGAUUAUAAAGCUGUAAUUGACCAUGCAGAGCCCCAUCUCCUGUUGGACGUGCGCCCUCUUGUGGAGGUGGACAUCUGCCACUUACCUUUCUCUCUCAACAUUCCCCUCUCGAGUUUAGAGGCUAGGAAGAGUGAACACAUUCGAUUACUUCAGGAAAGAAUCAGCCAGUUGAAACAGCAGAUGGCAGGUGACUGCCGGCCUCCAGUGUACAUAAUCUGUAAGCUGGGUAACGACUCUCAGAAGGCCGUGCAGGUUCUGGAGAAGAUGAGUGGAUCAGAAGUGGACGUCAUCACAGUGAAAGACAUCUGCGGAGGCCUCAUGGCCUGGGCAAAUAGAAUAGAUGCCACAUUUCCACAAUAUUAAUUGAUUAUAAAUACUUUUUUGUUAAUAAACUCUGCAUUUCAUUUGUCA